AUGAACAUUUAUAUUUUUGAUUUAAAUGAACAAAAUUCGGUUCCGUGUGACAUCGAGGAAUCCAUUCAACGAUUUUGGAGGCUCGAAGAGGUGCCAGAUUCGAGUCCUCUGACGAAGGAAGAACAGGAGUGUGAAGCCCAUUUCGUCGCCACCCACCAGCGUGAUGAAAAUGGACGAUACCAAGUGAGGCUACCGUUCAAGGAUAACGUGCACGAGCUUAGUGACUGCCGAGCGGUUGCUUUGAAGCGAUUCCAGAUGCUGCAGAGGAGGCUGCAGCGGAACCCCGAUUUGAAAGAGGAGUAUGUUCAGUUCAUGCGUGAGUAUGAAGAGCUGGGACACUGCCACGAAGUACGAGAAGAAGACGAUCCACCGCACCAGCAAAACUACUACCUGCAGCACCAUGCGGUACUUCGCCCAUCAAGUUCGACCACCAAGUGCAGGGUGGUAUUUGAUGCCAGCGCCAAACCAACAGUGAACAACCGUUCACUCAAUGAGGUUCUACAAGUCGGUGCAGUGGUACAGAAAGAACUCUAUGACGUCAUACUCAGGUUCUGCAAGUACCCAGUUGCAUUCACAGCCGACGUGCCGAAGAUGUAUCGACAAAUCAAGAUGCAUCCAAGGGACACACACUAUCUCCGUGUUUUUUGGUGUGAGCAGCCGUCAGAGCCACUCCGAGUCUUGGAGCUCACGACGGUUACAUAUGGAACAGCAUCGGCUCCGUUCCAAGCUACCAGGUGCUUGCAGCAGCUCGCCGAUGAUGAAUCAACCGAUUUUCCGAUCGGUGCGCAAAUCGCCAAGGAGGAUUUUUACGUCGACGAUGCACUUUCCGGUGCAAAUUCACUUCCGGAGGCCCUAGAAGCAGCAAGGCAGCUUACUGAAGAGAGGAGGCCCGUUCCAUUGGGAGAAUACGGACCGAAUGGAGUCAUCAAAGUGCUAGGCUUGCUUUGGGAUCCAAAAGCCGAUCAUUUCCUCAUCGCAAGGCCGCCACAAUGUGAUUUGAAUCAACGAUCAACGAAGCGUAUCAUCUACUCCGAGGUGGCCAAGCUCUUUGACCCGUUAGGACUUGUGUCACCAGUGAUUGUCGUCGCCAAGCUACUAGUGCAACAGCUGUGGAAGCACAAGAUUGGCUGGGAUGAGCCCGUCAACGACUCGAUACAGGAGCGAUGGGUUGAAUUUGCAAAUACCUUGCCAGCACUCGACAAAAUCGCCAUACCAAGAAGAGUUACGUUCCACGACGCCGUGUCCUACGAAAUCCACGGUUUUGCCGACGCAUCAUCAUUGGCGUAUGGUGCAUGUGUUUAUGUUCGAAGCCUGUUCUCCAACGGUUCCGCCAAGAUGAAGUUGCUGAGUAGCAAGUCCAAGGUUGCUCCGCUACAUGACCUUUCAACGCCUCGAAAGGAAUUGUGUGCCGCAUUGCUACUAACUCGACUCAUUCAGAGGAUUAUCCCAGCCAUGCAAAUGGAAUUCCGUGACGUGGUCCUCUGGUCGGACAGUCAAAUCGUUCUGGCGUGGAUGAAACGAUCAGCCGAUCGCCUCAAGAUUUUUGUCCGAAACCGAAUUCACGAAAUCAAUACCUCCACUGCAGGAUAUCGCUGGUGCUACAUCCGAUCUGGUGAUAAUCCAGCAGACAUCGUGUCCAGAGGUCAGCUACCAAACGAUUUGCGCAGAAACAAUCUUUGGUGGACCGGACCAAGUUUCCUCACGAAACUAGAGUACGACGAACAGGAGUUAGUCGAUAUCCCCGACCAACAGCUUCCCGAAAUGACAAGCACCGAAAUUGUCACUUCGGCUGUGGUGGAACAGUUUCCACUGUUUUCCCGCUUCAGUGACUUCAGGAAGAUCGAACGCAUCAUGGCAUUGGUACUUCGAUUCAUCGCCAACAUCCGCACCAAGAACAGGUCACAACGUAUCUUCAACCGGUACGUUACUAUUUCCGAACUCCGUCGAUCGAAUUUCACCAUUAUGAGGAUGGUUCAACAGUCAGAGCUAGCUGACGAAAUACGUCGUGUCCAAACCAACAAACCGUGCCGCAAGCUAGGAGGCUUGAAUCCAGUGUUCGUGGAUGGAUUGCUUCGAGUUGGUGGUCGGCUGCAACAUUCGAAUCUACGAGCCGAGACGAAGAAUCCGAUUAUCCUUCCGAACAGACAUCCACUAACGAAGCAGCUAAUCCGCACAAUGCACAUCGAGCAUUUGCACCUUGGGAAAAAUGGCUUGAUUGCUGCUAUGCGCCAGAGGUAUUGGUUGCUGAGCGCCCGUUCAACCAUCCGGCAAGUGACCCGCAAUUGUGUAAGAUGUUUCCGCACAAAUCCAAAUAUGUCAACGCAGCUGAUGGGCAAUCUUCCUCAACCGAGGAUAAAUCCAGCACCUCCGUUUGCAGUGACUGGUGUCGACUACGCCGGCCCAUUUUGGAUCAAGAUGGGAAAUUACCGAUCCAGGCUCAUCAAGGCUUACGUGGCAGUAUUUGUUUGCAUGGUAACAAAAGCAGUGCAUCUCGAGGUCGUGUCUGAUCUCACAUCCGACGCCUUCUUAGCUGCGCUACAACGGUUCAUCAGCCGAAGAGGAAUGGUGCAACAGUUGCAUUCUGACAAUGCCACCAACUUCCGAGGAGCACAACACGAGUUGCACCAGCUAUAUCAACAGUUCCAGGAUCAGCAGUUCACAGGACGUAUCCAGUCCUUCUGUCAGCCAAAAGAGAUCGAGUGGCAUUUCAUACCGCCGAACGCACCCGAGUUCGGUGGCUUGUGGGAGGCCACUGUAAAAUCGACAAAGAGACAUUUGGUCAGAGUGGUUGGCUAUUCCAAAUUGUCAUUUGAAGAGCUAACAACCAUACUCACCGAAAUCGAAGCAGUUCUCAACUCUAGGCCACUGUUUUCGAUUUCUUCCGAUCCAGCCGACAUAGAGGUAAUUACGCCAGCUCAUUACUUGAUUGGUAGACCACUUACAGCCGUUCCGGAACCAUCCCUUGAAGACAUCCAAAUUAAUCGUCUGAAAAGAUGGCAACAUCUACAGAAGAUGCGUGAGGAUUUUUGGAUGUCUUGGUCCAGAGAUUAUUUGUGCAGCCUUCAACCGAGGUCAAAGAAUACCAAGACGACAUCCAACCUUCGCCCAGGAAUGGUAGUUCUACUGGAGGACAAAAAUCAACCACCGCUUAACUGGAAGCUAGGCCGCAUCAUGCAGGUAUUCCCAGGGCCAGAUGGAUUGGUCCGAGCCAUCGAUGUGUCGUCUAACGGAGUUACCUACCGACGACCGAUCAACCGGAUCGCAGUUUUGCCGAUUGAGGACAACGAGCCACCAACCCUGAGUGAUGUUGAAUCUACGAGUCAACCGGGCGGAGUAUGUUCCGUGCGAAACAAGCUAUAG